UGAUUACAAUUCGAGUGACGACACCUCAUGGAACCGAUCGCUGCAGGAGGACGGCCGGGUGCCGUGCCGGGGCGAACAAAGAUAUGGGCGAUAUUCCUUGGCUUCUGGAUGGUGGCGGCGACGUGUCGCAUGGGGUACAUGGCCGGGUUGUUCGAGGUGCAAGGUACAGCCAUGUCGUCAUCGGUACACAAGGACUUGCGUGUGUCGCCAGACACGAUGACGUUCAUCGUUUACAGCUCCAUGUGGGAAGAAGGCAACUACCCGGCGCGGAUGGAGGCCAUUGAGAACACAUGGGCGUCGCAUCUGCCGCGCUGGUUCGCCGUGCAGACCAAGACCCCGUCGUUCCACAUCUCUUCUUCGUCCAAACGACACUCCAAGCGGACCUUGCUCGUGCCACCCGCUCGGGAUAUGGACACUCCGAUUAAGUUUGCGCUCGAAACCGUCUACAAUGACCAGCACCAGUACAACUGGAUCUACCUCGCCGCGGACUCGUCCUACGUGCUGCCUUCGAACUUGGUGCAUCUCGUGCAAGGACUCGACCCUUCCGAGCCGCACUACUUGGGCCAUCCGCUACAGCUCCCGACAUCCGGACCGUACUCUUGGGCUACGCUCGACCACUUGAUAUUCAACUCCAUGGCGGGCAUCCUCCUCAGCCGCGCCGCCGUCGACUUGUACCUGGAAGCGUUGCGUCUCGGAUGCAAAAGUCGCUGCGUCGAGUGUGGAGAAGACCUAACGAUUGCAUUUUGCCUACGAGAACAAGGCGUGGAGGCCGUGGAUACGCGGGACCCCGUCCAUUUUGGCCACACAUUUCACAUCUUCCAACCGGGCAGCGUCGUGGGCAACCCCCGCGUAAACGGAAGCUACGACUACACCCCCGACAACUGUGACUGGUUCCAGCUGUACUCGCUGUGGCCUAUUCACAUGAGCCUCGACUGCUGCGGAUCGUACACGGCCAUGUUCCAGUACGUGAAUGCCGACGAGAUCUACGCCAUCCACAGCCUGCUCAUGGACGUCAAGCCGCACGUCCCAACCUCGUCGCAGGACAUCACAGACACCCAACUCGUCGAGUUGAUCUUAGAGCAUGGCAAGGAAAUCGACGAACUGUUCCCGUCGUAUGUCCACCCAACCUACUGGAAAGUCCGGCGACUACUGCUCCAUCAAGUGCGGCUCUUUCACAUGGGCCAGCGCGAUGAAGAGAACGAUGGCGCGGCAGUCGUUCAAGUCCGACCUAUUCAAGAUGAUGCCAAAGCGAGCGCGGGAAGCCACGUCGUGCUACAUCAAGAAGCACACGAGAGGCGAGGAAAAGUAGUAGCAGCCAAGACACGUACUACCAUGUAAGGGGAAGUUCCACGUAGUAGUUUUCAGAAAUAGCAUGAGCCAAUCAAAAUCGAUUUACCUCUUUUUUCA